CUAAGGGUUUGCUUUUAUAUGCCAUUAAAAACAGGACUGGUCUACCUGAUAAGUCAUAAACACUAUCCUCCACAGCAAGUAAAACAAUCCAUAUUUUCUCUUCCUAAACCAAAAGAACAUGCAUCUCCUAAGUUGUAACGCAUGCAUAUCCCUUAAAUCCAGUGGAUUUGCCCUAUAAAAUCUAACAUAUAUUCCUUUUUUCACUCCAUAUAACCUUUCUUAAACACGCAUACUCACAAGAAAAAAAGGUAGAGAAGCAAAAAUGGGAGCUGGUGAGCUUUGUCCAAGAUUAUCAAAUUCUUGCAAGAAAAUAGAGACAACCUUGAAUGAUACAGUGUCGAAGAGCAAGAUUGGUAGAUAUUUCAAGAUUGAAGCAAGAAAGAGCUCUUUUACAAAAGAGCUACGUGCUGCUACUGCUACAUUUCUUACUAUGGCAUAUAUCAUCACCGUUAAUGCCACCAUCCUUGCUGAUUCCGGCGGCACUUGCUCCGUCGCUGAUUGCUCUGUUACGCUUAACCAAACGGUUAGUCCAGAUUGUGUACUUAAACCCAAUGAUGGGUAUCAAAAAUGCCUUGAAAAAACUAAGAGCGACCUUAUUGUAGCGACCAUAUUGGCGUCUAUGAUCGGGUCAUUUGCUAUGGGAAUUCUUGCAAAUUUGCCUCUGGGUUUGGCUCCAGGAAUGGGCGCCAACGCUUACUUGGCUUAUAAUUCGGUGGGUUUUCAUGGAUCUGGACCCAUUUCAUACGACACUGCAAUGGCUGUCGUCUUAGUUGAGGGUUGUGCUUUUCUUGCAAUAUCUGCUCUCGGGCUCAGAUCAAAGCUUGCUAGGCUCAUACCUCACUCGGUCCGCCAUGCUUUCGCAGCUGGUAUUGGGCUUUUCAUUGCAUUCGUGGGCUUGCAGGUCCACCAAGGUGUGGGCCUUGUUGGGCCUGAUCCAUCUACAUUGGUGACCGUCACAGCUUGCUCUAGUAUAAAUCCGGUGACCGGAGAAUGCACUACAGGGAAAAUGCGUAGCCCAACAUUUUGGCUCAGUGUAGUUGGGUUCCUAAUCACAUCUUAUGGGUUAACGAAGGAAAUUAAAGGUAGCAUGAUAUAUGGAAUUCUUUUUGUCACACUAAUUUCAUGGAUUAGAGGCACUUCUUUCACAUAUUUCCCUUAUACUCCACUUGGUGAAUCAAAUUACAAUUACUUCAAAAAAGUGGUAGAUUUCCACAAAAUCAAAUCCACAGCUGGGGCUAUUAGUUUCACCAAUUUCAAUAAAACUGAGGUUUGGCUUGCUCUAGUAACCCUACUGUAUGUUGAUGUCCUAGCCACCACAGGAACAUUAUACACCAUGGCAGAAAUUGGAGGAUUUGUGAAUGAAAAAGGGAGCUUUGAAGGGGAGUACUUGGCUUACAUGGUAGAUGCAGGCUCUACAAUUGUAGGAUCCACAUUAGGAGUAUCACCAAUAGCAACAUAUGUAGAAUCAUCAGCUGGGAUUAGAGAAGGUGGUAGAACAGGAUUAACAGCAGUAAUUAUUGGAAUUUACUUUCUACUAUCAUUGUUUUUUACCCCUCUAUUGAGUAGCGUACCUCCAUGGGCAAUAGGGCCUUCACUGGUGAUAGUUGGGAUACUAAUGAUGAAGGUGGUGAAGGACAUAAACUGGGAAAAUAUGAAAGAGGCAGUGCCUGCUUUUAUGACCAUAAUUCUUAUGCCUUUAACUUAUUCAAUUGCAAAUGGGAUUAUUGGUGGGAUUGGAUUACAUAUUGCUCUUAAUUUGUAUGGUUAUGCUGAGAGGUCAGUUAGAUGGUUGAUCAAGAUGAGAAGAAUGGUGGUAAAAGAACAAAAUCAAGUGUCUGGUGUAGAUCAUUCAGUUGAAGUUGUUUAAGAGUUUUCAGUUUGUGGUUAAUUAGUGCAAUGUUUUCUAUCUGCUCAUCUCUUAAUCAAGGAAAAGGGCUUAAAUGCAAUCCAAUGUCUACUUACCCACAAAAGAGAAGGUCAGUGCCAAGAAAACAUAGCUUUCUUCCAAUUAAGAAUGCCAACUCAAUCAAAUAUGAUUCCGUCAUAUUACCCUAUCUGCGACUUUUCUAGCUGUACAAGUUUCAGAAAUGACAAUAACAUGGGAUAUCGAUAAAAGCCAUGUCCCUUAACAUUUAUUUCCUAUUUAUUUUGGUGGGUGUGUUAGUUGAUCCAAUGCAAGUCAAAUUGGGUAGCUUUUGUAUAAUACAAUGCACCUCCAUUGUUGGACUAUUUGAAGGUCUCUUUCCACAUUCUCUUCAUUUUCGAAAUUGGCUUGCCAAGUAAAAAUUUUUUUUUUUUUAAUUUAGUAUUCA